CACCGCUCCACCGCCCCGCCCCACGGCCAAUCAGAGAGGCCUCCCGCCCCGGCUCCGCCGCGCCAGCCAAUCGGAAGUGUCUCUCGCCGCGCCUCGGGCCAAUGGCGGCACAGGCGCGAAAAUUCUUUUUUCCCCUCUGAGAGCCCGCGCCUUCCCGGCGUGCACCGCGCGCCGCACUGCGGUGACGUCAUCGCUCUGCCUGCCCGCCAGGUACCCCCGGCCACACCCCCCGGGCGGCCAAUGGGAGCGGAGCUGCCCCGCCCGGGGCUCCGCCCCCGUCACGUGCUCCGGCCCCACCUCCCGAGGUGCCAAUGGGAGCUGGACGGCCCCGCCCCCGGGCGGACCUGGGACCGGGACCGGGACCAGGACCGGGACCGGGAUCGGGAUCGGGAUCGGGAUCGGGACGGGGACCGGGACCAGGAUCGGGACCGGGACCGGGACCGGGAUCAGGACCGGGAUCGGGACGGGGACCAGGACCGGUCCAGGCCGCAGCAUGGGCGGGUGGUGGGACAUGGCCGCGGAGGAGCUGGAGCAGCAGUACUCCCCCAGCCGCUGGUCUCCCCGCCUGGGCCCCGACGAAGUGAUCCAGGCCCACCUCGCGGCGGCGGCGGCAGGAACCCAGCGGGCCCGGGCUGGCGCGCAGACCUCGCUGCACGUCCCUUACGGAGACGGGGACGGCGAGAAGCUGGACAUGUACCUCCCCACGGACCCGUCUGGAACCUUCCCUGUCCUGGUCUAUAUCCAUGGUGGAUACUGGCAGUGCCUGAGAGGCAUUUAUCUGUGUGGACACUCAGCGGGGGCUCACUUGGCAGCCAUGGUGUUGGCCACGGACUGGACGGAAUACGGUGUGGUGCCAGAUAUCAAAGGAGCUGUGCUGGUGAGCGGCGUGUACGACCUUGAGCCCAUCCUGCACACCUAUGUGAACGAUGCGCUUCAUAUGAGCCGGGAGGUGGCCCAGCGGAACAGCCCCCUGCUGCACAUCGCCCCUGCAGCACCUGCGGCCGCAGCCUGCAAGGUGCUGGUGGCCAUGGCCCAGCACGACUCCCCUGAGUUCCGCCGGCAGUCGCGGGAGUACGUCCUGGCCCUGCGUGCAGCUGGCUGGUCCGUCUCCAUGCUGGAUCUUGCCGGCGUGGAUCACUUCGACAUUGUUGAGAAGCUGUCUGAGGACAGCUACAUCCUCACUCAGGUGAUUCUGAACAUGACUUUGAGUGCCUGAUGGCAUGGCGGGAGCAGAGAUGGGAAACAGCCCUGUGCAUACCCAGCCC